UGUUGAUUAGAUCUUCUUCUUAUAUGUUUUGUUGUUUUUGACUGUACUUUCUAUAUCAAGGAUUCUUUAUUUACAGAGCGACGAGCCGCAUUCGCCUGCCGACCAUUUUCUUUAUCAUCAGAUCACCCGUUACUAUCGCAAUUGAAUUCUUCGAUAAAUCUCACUAUCAACCCUCAUAAUGUCCUCCCAAACCGCCCUGUCCGCACGCAGUGCUUACCGCCAACUCCUCCGCGCUACCCGCAUUGCCUUCCGGGAUGAUGUCCGUGUUAUGAUUGCUGCCCGUCAAGAGGCUCGCCGGAAUUUCGACAGCCACCGCCGCGAAGGCAUUGAUACUCCGAUGCAGAUCAACCAUGCGCUCGAAGUGGCGAACAUUCUCAGACACAACAUUGUCCAGGGUGUACGGGAGCAAGAUGAUGAGAAUGCCAAGUGGGAACUCCGCAUUCAUGACGACAUCGAGCGCGGCGAUAACGACACCAUCAGAGUUAAGGGAAAGACUGUCAAGGUGGAUAAGGCAUGCUCGUCAUAGAGGGAGGGUCUCCCGUGAGGAAUCCGACUGUCUGGAAGCCUAUGCGUGGGUGAAAGGAUGACUGCAGACUAUGGCAUUUGCAGACUGUAUUAUAGUAUACCCAAACUUUUCUCUCUCCUUCCGGCGUCUUUGGGGGUAUUUUAUGGUUUAAUCAGAAUGUAGAAAAUAUACACAACGCCCGCUCGCGAACAUACAUAAGACCUCCUUGUUCCCGAACCCUGUAGAAAACAAAAUGCGAGUGUUGAAAUGCAGAUCAAUCACCAGACAGACUGGAGUACUGGACCUCUCCAGCACCCGGGGGUGGGGCGACAGCAUAACUCCGUUGUUUUUGCUCUUUGCCAAUCUCCUCUCCGGCAGCGGUGAUGGCUCUCUUUCCAGAAUCGGCUGCCCGCGGGCCUGCCGCCUGCCGACCUU